CAGAACUGUGGCACAGAUGGAUUUUAAAAAGUGUUAGCUCUUUCCAAUGAACACUAGGAGAGUGCCCUGCUCUUGGCUGGAUUUUUCAGAGAAUGGCAAUGGUCUCUGCAAUGUCCUGGGUCCUGUACUUGUGGAUAAGUGCUUGUGCGAUGCUGCUCUGCCAUGGAUCGCUCCAGCACACCUUCCAGCAGCAUCACCUGCACCGGCCAGAAGGAGGGACCUGUGAAGUGAUCGCAGCUCACAGGUGUUGUAACAAGAACCGCAUUGAGGAGCGGUCACAAACAGUGAAGUGUUCCUGUCUACCUGGGAAAGUGGCUGGGACAAAGAACCGACCUUCCUGUGUGGAUGUGAGCAAUAUGAUUGGGAAAUGGUGGUGUGAGAUGGAGCCCUGCCUAGAAGGAGAAGAAUGUAAGACCCUCCCUGACAAUUCUGGAUGGAUGUGUGCUACAGGCAACAAGAUUAAGACCACACGAAUUCACCCAAGAACCUAACAGAAGCAUUUGUUAUAUAAAUAGGAAAAAGAAUAACCUGUGGAAAAUACAUUGUGAGGAUUUAAAACAUCUUACAUACUUGCAAGCCAAAUGGAUCUCUUAUUUGCACUUUGGUUACCAGAUAAUCACAGUGCACUUACUCUGUGAAACAAAGCAUCCCAAAAGAAGAAGACUCGGGAUUUUCUGGCUAUGUCGUGGAAAGUGGCUUUAAAAAAAAUGAGUUUUCUCUGUGAAAUUUGGGGGAUCAUGAAGAACAAUCAACCAUCUUCAAUUUGGAACUACCAUUACUUUGUACCAU